GUGGAUCCUUGCCUUCCUCCCUGUGCUCCCAAAGCUGGGGUUUGGGCAGAAAGGUCUCGGCAGCCUGAACGACCCAUGCGACUGCAUGCAGCACCACGACUUCUGGGUCGCCUCCCGCCGGGCCUUGGUGGAGCUCUUCUGGACGCCCGACUACCCCAUGAGGGCCCUCGAUCCGAACGACAAACUCCAUUACUGGACGCGGCGCCAGUCCUGCAUGUAUUCCCCUGAGAACGAGGAGUCGCACCGCCCCACCGCUCUCUCCGACUGCAUCCCAGGCUUCAUGAUGGUGACCAUCGUCUGCAUGCAGCGUCACGUGGCCAGCGGAAACCCGGAGCGAGCGAUGGACUUUGCGACGGAGCUCGUCCGGUUGCUGCCUUUCGGCGCGAGCUGUAUCGACACCUCGGGCUGGCCAGUGACGACCUCGCAGAUUCUGAGCUACUACCGAAGGUUCCGCCGCGCCUACGCUGCAGGGCCGAAAGGCCAGGGCUUGGAUGUGGCAGGAAGACGCGAACGCACGGAGCAGCGAGAGAGGGAUGGGGAGACUGCCAGCGCUUGGCCCGUUUGGCUUCUGCGCGAGAUGUUGUGGCAGGCGGGCACGGAGAGAUCGUCUGGGAGGCUGCUUGGCGAAGAGGCAGAAACUUGUCCCUCUGGCAGCUUCCCGCACAAGUGCCGCUGCUGGCUUCUCGGCGCACCCGGCGCGAGCUGCGAGGAAGCUUGCCGUGAAGUCGAGUUGGAUUUCCGACCCUUCCCGCCCAGUCCGCCACCCAUGGGAGGCGAGUUUCCAGAGCCCUUGGUGCCCCACAUCCUCGGGGCCUUGAAUGGAGGCAAGUCGCCGACUCUGCACGUGCAGCACCCCUGGGCCCCCUUCGAAUGCUACGUGCAAGAAGAGCAGCGGUUCCACUUGAGUGCCUCGUGGCAGGAACAGGAUGCUUCGUGGAGGUAUCCGAUUUGCUCCCUGGCCUGUCCUUGCGCACCAUUUCAGCCAUUGGCAUCGGUGUUGGAGGCGGUGCCGGUUUGGCCAUCAAUGCCAUGA